AGAAAACCGGCGUGAAACAACCACAGCGUGUUUCGCCGUGUGAGUGACCGGAGGCCCAAUCCUUCCCCUCCUCCAAUCUCUCCAAAAUCCCAAAAUCUCCUAAUCUCCAAUCCCAAAAAAGUCGGCAACGCACUCGUAACUGCUCUGUUGUCGCGGUUGUCCAUGGGCGGCGUUGAUUGCUUACCAUCAGGUAACCGUCGUUUGUCAACUUAUCACAUAAAAAAAAUAUACACAGAUACCAUUUUGUUUAGAAACUAUCGUGAUCGUCUAGUUGUGGAGGCGAUUCUCGGAACGAAUUUGUUUAAUUCACAGCUCUUCGUAUCUGUGUACAUGUGUGUCAUGAAUACAAUUUUAUUGGUGCUUAUGAUAAACUCUUAUCUCAAAAAAAUGUUCAAGCUAAGAGCAAUUGUUUCAUCAAAAUAUUUAUAUUGUCCGUCGGUGAACAGUAUUGGGUUUGUUUAUGAAUUGUUCUUAAAAACUUAGAAGACAAAUACAAAUGUUAAUUAGAUGUGUGAUUUAUAAACUUGAAGCAAGUGUGUGAGAGCCAUGCUUCGGCACGAAUGGGUCGGUUCGACCGAAGUGAUACCACGGCCUCACAGAAAACCAGCGUGAAACCACCACAGUGUUGUGUUUCGCCGUCUGAAUGAGGUUACCGCACGCCGAAUCCUUAAAUAUACGAAAUCCUAAUCUUCAAAAGACAGGCAACGCACUCGUUACUCCUUUGGUAUUGCGGGUGUCCAUUGGCGGCGACGAUUGCUUAUCAUCAGGUAAUCCGUCUGCUCGUUUGCCGAUCUAUGUCAUAACUAAUUCCAUAUACGAGCAAAGGACUCUUCUCAUACGGAGAAGGUUAGAGUAUUAAUCACCACGCUUGCUCAAUGCGGGUUGGCGAUUUCAAACUUAUAAUUAGUAAUUAUUAAGUCCAGUUUUCCUCACGAUGUUGUACCUUCACCGUGUGUCAGUGGUGUCUAAAUAAUCAUAGAAAGUACAU